CGUCAACAUACCAAAGAACUCAAAUUCACAAAAGGAAAUCAUCACAUUUACACCGAUGCCAGCUUCAAAUGAAGUCCAGCUAAGACAGAGAGGGAGAUUAAGCUUGAGCAAAUUGACAACAGACAGACACAGAGUGCGAAGCUGUGGGUUGUUUUAAUGCUAGAGACAGCAAAGGUGAUCUUAUUAAGAAGUGAGGGAGGAAGAGAGGGGAAGGAAUGAGGGGAGGAAGGAAAGACACCAUUUAGGGCUACCCGCUCUGUGGCAUGGCAGAGGCUAAAACAGGACAUAACUUGUGAACUUAAAGGUUAGUGCCGUUACCAUGGCGAGGGCUGGGCGCCCUGCAUCUGAGAGCUACCAGCCAGCUUGCUUUUCUGUCAGUCAGUCGCUCUCUUACUCCAGUGGAGCUCCAAAGGUGGAGGAUGAAGAUGAUCAGGCACCGAUUUUCUCCCUCUCUAAGAGCUCCAUGGAUGUUUUAAUGGCUGCAAGUCCGCCACACAAGCGUGAUCCAGCGUGGACCAGACUGGACCUGAGGCGCAGCUCAAGCACAAACACCCACUAUGAGCAGAACUCCGUGACACUGCAGCCGCUGCACGCUUACAUGUGGCAACAUGUCAACACCACCAACAGCCACCAGUUAGCAUCCACAACCAAUAAUGUUGACAUCAAUAGCUCUCCUGCUCUCAGCGAGCAUUGGGUUUCCAACAUGCAGCGAUGGAGCGGGUGUAGCGGUAGCACACAUAGCCGCAGCAGCACUCCGGACACAGUCGUGUCACGCCCCUCCAGUCUCACCCAUGAAGCCACUUGUUCUGCAGCACCAGAUUCUCCGAUGUCCAAACUGACCUCUCCAGAAGCCACACCCUCACCGUUCAUCUCCCCGCUCAACACACCUACUUUACCACCUGUACAGACUUCUUCUUCACCACUUCCACUGAACUCACUGCAGGAGGAAGAUUUACUAGAACUUUCACCUACAUUCUCAUCCCCAAAGAUUGACAACUCUUCAAGCUUUCAGUCCCACUCUCCUGAAACACUCCAGCUCACCAGCACAGAAGAUGAAGGCUUCUUGGAGAAUAAUUCCCUUUCAUUUCAGUUCCCUUCCCCAAUCCUGUCCUCUGUUAGUUUAGAUGAAGCAGGAGUGUCUUCAAAUCCCGAAUGCCUUGUUGAUGACGUGAUAGAACCGCUGUCCAGCCCUACAGGAAUACUGGAGGGUGAAGAAGCAAGAAGCCCUGUGCAAAUGCUUAGCUACCUGACACCUGAUUCUCCAAAGCAGCAGUCAAAAACAGGACCAUCUGUCUGCUAUCUUGAGCUGCCGUGGCAGCCAGAGCAAAUCUGUGCAACAGGUCGAGGUUGGGGGUCACCACUUGUCUCUUCCCUGAGUGACUCACGGUUGGGUGACACUUGCAGGUGCUGCUUAAAUGCCAGAGAGGGCACUGAAAGGGCAAUGAAGGUAGAGCUGUUCAGGCAAGAAGCUCCACCGGUGUCACGGCCAGAAAUGGCAGAUGCAGCUGUGCAGACGGUCUCUCCUGUUGGCUCAUGGUGGGACCUCAAGAGGAACAUUUCCACAUCCAACAUGGGGUCCCAUUCUAUCUUGGGCUCGCCACCUGGAUCCAGACUGAACCUGAAGUCUUCAGCAGGGUCUAACUCCAAUCUAGUAUCAGCAUCUUCCAGCAUGUUCCCAGUUAGCAGUGCAGAGGAGGAGGAAAAACAAGUCGAAGACCCUGCAUUGGAAGUUACCUCUGUUUCUUCACAUGAUCUGGAGAGCAGGAGGCCGUGUCUGAAGAUUCAGGCAGAGGAUAGGGAUGAGCUAGGUGGAAGGAGGAGCAGUAUGAAGCAGGUGCAAUGGGAUGAGGAUGGUAUGACAUGGGAUGUUCAUGGGGCAUCUGUGGACCCUGAAGAGUUGAACACAGCCAUACUAAAACAUCUGGAAAGCAAGAACAGCCCAGAACCGCCAAGACGUUCCUCAAAGAAGAAGAAAGCACCUAAACCUCCUCAAAACCUUGAUAUCACUGUGUCCCCUAAGAAUGAAGGAACAGCAGAAGCAGAACAGGGUAGAGAAGAAGAGCAGGAAGGAGGGGGAAAUAAGAUAGAAAUAGAAGAAGCUUCACAGAAAAAGAGUACAGCAGAAGAUCACAAAGCAAAAGAAGAUGAGCAAGAGAUUUGUGGAGAGGAAGGCAGCCACCAUUCUAAGUCCCCCUCAUCUGGGAAUGGACACAGCCGGAAGAAGAGUGUGUUAAGGUCACUGAGGAGGCCAAGAUGGUGUGGAGCCUCGACAAAGGCAGAUGACUAAUAUAGCUGGCUAAAUUAAAUCUAUGAUAACUAAUUAAAUCCUCAGGUUGCACAAUAUUCAUAACCUUGGAUUGAAGCUGAAAGAGUUUCAGAGUUCUGUUCAGCUCUAUUCUAGGCUUUCUGUCAGCAUGUUUUCUGUUAUUAGGUACAUCUUUCAACAGGUGCAACAUUAGUAAUGUUUUCCUCUCUCACUGGUAUUCACUGUUUAGUUGAAGAUAGAUGUACCUCUGCUAAACUUUUCAUAAAAGUCAACAGUCAUCACUAAAACUUGUUCCUGUAGAUGUACAAUAAAAUAUUGGUGUCCAUUGCU